AUCUAGAUGAAUUUCAACAUAUGCAGAUUACUGUCAUUGUGGCGGGCAGUGUUGUCGGUGUAGCACUUCUCGUUAUUCUUACCUACUGCCUCCGACGUUGUGGACCGUGUGCACGAAUACGAAUAAAAUCUGACAAGAAGCCCCAAGGAAUUGUGUUACACCCAUUUCUCGACUUGUCCCGUAGCAACAGCAGUACGGACCGGAAUUAUUUGAAAGUAAUGGAAUACUUUCAAAACUUUAUCGUUAAGGCAUUCGACUGCGAGUUAGUCCCCAUCCCCCUUGGUUGCUUAAAUUGCAAUAAAACAGCAUUGGACAAGCUUUUUAGCGGGCUGGUCUUCGUCAUUGUUGUUUGUGCCAAUGACAAUGGUAACCCAUAUUUUAAACAACUUUUGGCGAGAGCAAUGCAAAAGCGAAAAAAGCAAAAGAAUUUAUUGGUUAUAUCAGUAACUUUGUCUUGUUUUCCGUCACCAAUUACACAUGAAUGUAUUGCAGACUUGGAAAUGAUAACACUUCUAGAAAACAUACACAAUUUAUCACCGUUUUACAAUAAGAUACACGCGUCAAAGUUGAAAGACGACGAUUCAUCGAAAUUAAUACAGUUUAAUAUUGACUAUCCGGAAUAUCAAACACUGGAGAAAUCUAUUAAAGAUGCCUCACCAUUGGCUCAUUUCGAAAACACAAGCUCGCACACUGAAUGCGACACUGAAAUAAAAACGAAACACAUUUGUCAAACAGAACGAAACAUUCAACUUCAUUCUACCAUAUGCGGUAAAGACAUUCAUCAACAUAAACCAUAUGAACAAGACAUCGAAGAAAACAGGAAAGAAAAGAAACGACAAGUGGCUAGAUUGAAAGCAAAUCUGAGUAAGGUAAAUGACUCUUCUUCGGACAUAUUUUACAAUGAAUCGCGAGCACAGGAAAACAUGCCGGAACUACCAGUCGCAAGCGAACAGGUCCGUCGUGAAUCAAAUCGAUAUAAUCAAAGAAGAGAACGACAAUGUCAACAACUGGAACCUCGUGCACCGCAGUUGGGCAGUGGUGAACAUUCGUGUAAAUUGACCGUUACACAUCCGCCAAUUUUAAACUAUAAUAAAAAAGUGCACUUUAAAACAUUCCCUGUAUUACAUAGCCAUCAAAUUCGAAGUCGACCUUCGGACUAUGAACACGAACACGUGCUUCACGCUUCAAACUUGAAAGAUGACGAUUCAUCGCUAUUCAUGCCGUGUAAUAUUGACUCUCCGGAAUAUCAAACACUUAAACAAUCUAUAAUAGAUGCCUCACAAUGGCCUCAUUUCGAAAACUCAAGUUCUGAAAUUGAUUACGACACCGAAAAAGAUACUAAACAUAUCUGUCAAACAGAACGAAAGAUUCCAUUUCUUUUAACCAAAUGCGAAAGAGACGGUCAUCAACAUACACCAUGUGAACAAUAUAUCGAUGAAAAGAGCCCAGAAAGGAAACGACAAGAAGUAGAAAGUAUUAAAGCAAAUCUGAGUAGGUUUAAUGACUCUUCUUUUGACAUAUUUUACAAUGGAGCGCAGGAAAACAGGCAGGAAUUACCACUCGCCAGCGAACAGUUGGGACGUGAAUCAAAUGGAUACAUUAGAAAUCAAGGAAGAGAACAACAUUGUCAACAAUUCGAACAUCAUCGUGCAUUACAGUUUGAAAGUGAUGUAACUUCACUUAAAACGCCGAUUUAAAAUCAUAUUAUAACAUGUCAUGUAAAACACACGUACGUUACACAUGAACAUCAAAUUCGAACCCGCCAUUCCGAAUGUGCUAACAAAAUAGUAUUGCUUCUUCGUGGACACGGGUCCUACAACGAAAGCAACCCGAAGCCACGUAUCACCAGCGAAUUUUGUAAAAGAUUUUUAUCAAAUGUACAUAUGCAUACAUAUAUAAAACAUGAACGCCAAAACGUGACGUGUGAGUCGAAUAUUACACAUUGUAAUGUACGAUUGUGGUAAAAUUAUUAAGUGUUAAAAUUAUUAGUAUGCAAACAAGUUUUUAUAUCUUUUAAACAUAUUAAAAUAUCAAGUUAG